AUGCGUUCAUCUUUGUUUUGGCGCUGCGCCGCCGCCGUUGCUGCCCUCGUACCCUCCUUCGCCACCGCCGACAACGCAGACAACCCGACCGGCCAGUCCACCUUCAUCUCCCCAGACAAAGAUCUCGGCUUCGCCUUCACAAUCGGUGACGAGGAUGUCAACGACUACUUCGUCACCAUGCGCCUCCGGACGACGCGCUCCUGGGGCGCCAUCGGCCUCGGCAGCCACGACAUGGCCGGCGCGCUCUACUUCGUCAUGUACCUCAACGACAAGGGCGACAACGUCACCUUCUCCCCGCGCCUCGCCUACGGCCACUACGAGCCGCGCUUCUACGACACCAUGCGCUGGGCGUACCUCCCCGGCACGCGCGUCCAGGACGGCUACGCCACGCUCUCGUUCCGCUGCGUCGAGUGCCAGAACUGGCCCGGCGCCGACUCGGGCAAGGGCUACCUCGAUCUCAACUCCAACAGCCAAAAGUCCAUCUGGGCGCUGGGCCCCCGCCAGAAGAUGCGCUCCGACGACCAGCGCGCGCCGCUGCGCUUCCACGAGUCCCACGGCGUCUUCAGCAUCGACAUGGCCCGUACCAAGGGCGCCGCCGACGCACCCGUGCUCACCGACAAGUCGGUCGACGACGGCAUCACCCAGGUCGAGCACGCCACGGGGCUCUUUGACGUCAACUCGGCCAUGCACGCCGCGCUCAUGACCCUGGCCGUCCUCGUGCUCUUCCCGCUCGGCAUCGUCCUGCUGCGCGUCGGUCGGUGGGCGAGCUGGCACGGGGUCAACCAGGCCGUCGCCCUCAUCAUCGUCCUCGCCGGCUUCGGCAUGGGCAUCGCUACCAGCUUCCAUUACAAUCGCUCCAAGAGCUUCAACUCGGCGCAUCAAAUCGUCGGCUUCCUCGUCAUCGCUUUCCUGCUCGGCCAGUUCACCCUCGGCGUCAUGCACCACCUCGAGUAUCGACAGACGCGCGCUCCGACAAAAUACGGCAGAAUUCACGUUUGGCUCGGCAACGGCGUUCUCCUCCUCGCCGUCUUCAACAUGCUAUAUGGUUACUUCUUUGCCAUGAACUACUCCGCUGCUCUCGGCCUUUGCAUCACCGUCAUGGUGCUCUGCCUCGCCGCCCUGUUCUUUAGCAUUCGCCAGGUCCGCGCCGCCAAGAAGCGCCGCAUCGCCGCCGCUUUCGGUGCCGCCCAGGCCGCGUCCUACGGCGACGACCGAUGGACAGACAAUGAGCCUGGCACUACCACACGCGGCGAUCACGAUCACGAUCCUCUUCCCAAUCCCAGCGUCAAGAAAGCCCCCGGCUCGCCGUCGCCGUGGAAGAGCGGCAGCGGCCGCCUGUCUUCUGAAGAAGAGGGCCACGAACUGGGUACCAGGACAAACAAGCCGUUUUCAUAA